UUCUGAACGAAAUAAAGCGGAUAUGAAUGACGCGUAUGAGCUUUGAACAAGUCCAUCCAGUUCUCUCGUUUAAUAAGUAAUGCUGGGAGUGACUUUUUAAACCAUUUGCUACAGUGGUGAUAAAACCUGAUUUAGUGGCCGAUGGCUGGGCCAGAAGCACAGUUCGGAACUGGUUAUAGAGUUUAAAGUGCGCGUCUCGCGGACACCGCCUUCCCUCCAGUGCAGUACAGUGGUACGAGCGCCGGCCGAACGGCUAACAGGCUAAGGGCUAACAGGCUAAGGGCCAUGGCAGCGGUGCUCUCCUAAAGGGAGGGGGCGUCUCCCCCUGAAACCCUUUGGACUCUGGCCGGUGGUCCCCUGAAGCCCACACCGCUCCGAAGGGCGUUUCUGAUUGCAUUAUGCUGACUUUGCUGACCAGGACCCUGGUCAGGCAGAGCAAAAGGCAGCCGUGUUACUUGGUGCGGCCCAUCUGGCCGACUAAGAUCUCCGGCAGGUACCUGGCCCACCAGCAGGGUCUGCCGAAACUCCCAGUGCCGUCCCUCAAGCAGACGUUUGAGCGCUACCUGAGCGUGCUGGAGCCCAUUGUCAGCGAGCAGGAGCUACUGCACACCCGCAAACUCGUGGCGCAGUUUGUGAGCCCGGGUGGUGUGGGGGAGAGACUCCAGAAGGGGCUAGAACAGAGGGCCCGAAAGAUGGAGAACUGGCUUGCUGAUUGGUGGCUGCACACUGCCUACCUGGACUAUCGGAUGCCUGUGGUGGUCCACUCAAGCCCCGGGGUGGUCCUUCCCCGCAUGGACUUUAAUGAUGGGCAGGGGCAGAUGAGAUUUGCUGCUACGUUGAUUGCAGGGGUUUUGGAUUUUAAGACCAUGAUUGACAAUGAGACCCUACCUGUGGAGUACCUGGGGGGCAGCCCGCUCUGUAUGAAUCAGUACUACCAGAUCCUCUCUUCCUGCCGUAUCCCCGGACUCAAGAAGGACUCCGUGGUCAACUAUGCCCGUAGCAAGAGGGCACCGACAUUUAUCACGGUGGUGCAUAACUACCAGUUCUUUGUGCUGGACGUAUACAACAGCGAUGGCACCCCACUGACAGCGGACCAGCUGUACAUGCAGCUAGAGAAAAUCUGGAACUCAUCCCUGCAGACCAACAAGGAGCCCGUGGGCAUAUUGACCUCACAACAUCGCAACACCUGGGGCAAGGCCUACAGCAACCUCCUCAAAGACAAGACAAACAAGGAGUCGGUGCACGCCAUCCAGAAGAGCAUCUUCACCGUGUGCCUGGACGCACCGAUGCCACGCGUGUCAGACGAGGUGUACCGCAGCCGCGCGGCCCUGCAGAUGCUGCAUGGCGGGGGAAGCCGCCGGAACAGUGGGAACCGCUGGUUCGACAAGACCCUUCAGUUCAUCAUUGGAGAGGAUGGGUCAUGUGGUCUGAUCUAUGAGCACGCCCCUGCCGAAGGCCCGCCCAUUGUUUCCCUGGUGGACCAUGUCGUUGAAUACAUGAGGAAGACGGACAUGGUGCGGUCGCCCAUGGUGCCCCUGCCCAUACCCCGAAAGCUGCGAUUCAACAUCACUCCAGAGAUCAAAGCAGACAUCGAGAAAGCCAAGCAGAAUAUGAACAUAAUGGUGCAGGAUCUGGAUAUGAAGGUCCUGGUGUUCCCGCACUUCGGGAAGAACAUCCCAAAAUCUUACAAGAUGAGUCCCGACGCCUUCAUACAGGUGGCGCUGCAGCUGGCUUACUUCAGAAUGUACCGGCGCUGCUGUUCCACAUAUGAGAGCGCCUCCCUGAGGAUGUUCAGACUGGGUCGUACAGACACCAUCCGUUCAGCCUCUAUCGACUCGCUCAACUUCGCACGCGCCAUGGAUGACUCCGCCAAGCCGAGCACAGAGAAGGUGGCCCUGAUGGAGAAGGCUGUGAAGGCCCACAGAACCUACACUGACAUGGCAAUCCGUGGUCAGGCCAUAGAUCGCCAUCUCCUGGGCCUCAAGCUCCAAGCCCAUGAUGACUUGAUAUCCAUACCUAAGGUCUUCAUGGACACCUCCUAUGCCGUGGCCAUGCACUACAAUCUCUCUACCAGUCAGGUCCCGGCCAAGACCGACUGCGUGAUGUGCUUUGGGCCAGUGGUGCCGGAUGGCUACGGCGUCUGCUACAACCCAAUGGAGGACCACAUCAACAUCUCUGUGUCGGCUUUCAAUAGCUGUGCAGAGACCAAUGCCACAGAGCUGGCACACGGCCUGGAGGGGGCGCUGCUGGACAUGAAGGUCUUGCUGGAGCAGACGCCCAAGGCCAGGCUGUGAUAGUGGAUGCAUUGCCACAGACAGCAGCCAGGGGGCAGCAGGGUCACCUUUUGUAUUUAGCUGGAAUAGACAGGUGUGUGUGUGGAGGGAAAACUUAACACCUUCCAGAAAUGAGUGAAUGGGAAGCACUUUUAAAAAAUUAAUUAAUUAAAUGAUCUUGGAGGCUUAUAAGUGCCGUCUUAAGUGCUACAUAUAUGACAGCUGCUGUUGGACAGUGGGACAGGAACACGAACAGCAUUGAUGAUCUUGGGGGUUUGGAGAGCUGCUGAAGGGAGAGUUUGCUGUGUAUGAAUAUGACCCUCCUUAAUCACCCCAUUUGGUGUCAAAGGGCUUGGCUAAUUUUACUUAGGAUGUUUUAUGAGAACACUAAUCAGGCAAAAAAAAAAAACUAUCUUCAUAUCACUUGAUGCUUCUUGCAAAACAAUAAUUUGUGUCCCCUCUGCCUGGUGCCCUUUGGUAGACUGGCAUCCAUGUCAGGGUGCCCCCUGCCUGGUGCCCUUUGGUAGACUGGCAUCCAUGUCAGGGUGCCCCCUGCCUUGGUGCCCUUUGGUAGACUGGCAUCCAUGUCAGGGUGCCCCCUGCCUGGUGCCCUUUGGUAGACUGGCAUCCAUGUCAGGGUGCCCCCUGCCCAUCCCGUCUCAUCAUGACCCAGUGAGGGAUAAGCUGUAUGGAACAUGAAUGCCUUACUAUUUCACCUUGCGUCCUCUCAGAUUAGGAUGUAGAAUGAGCUGCCAUUAUGUAUUUGUUUACAUGUUUCUGAGCCCAUUUUAAGCAUGACAUCUGGGCAUAAUCAUAUUCUCAAGCACUUACUUUCUGCCUUUACAGUGCCCAUCAUUCCAGUAAAAUGUUAGUGAUCUUAAGAUGACAUAAGCUGUCAUCGAGUUUGAAGUCUAAGAGUUUACUCCACUUUUUAUUUCCACUCUGUUUCUGGUUAUCGAAGCACAGAGAUUUAUUGGCAUCUGAUUUUAUUUUUCCGCCUGACAUACCUCCUGUUAUGGGUGAGUGACAGUAUGCACUGUAGGCUCUCUUUGUGUAAUGUUACUUUCUCUUUGGGGUAUUUCUGUUGCCUUUCACAUGCUGAAACAGCUGAGAAUGGGACUGCAGUAACCAAUUGAACCCAGUUUAACCAAUAAGAUUAAACAUGUGGCUGAUUGAGAGCAUGGAUGCAUCCUGAUUCACAUACUUUUGGGUAUGGCUAUUACAUGUUUAUCCCAAUCGAGAAUUAAAUUAUUUGAUUCAGGUCCUGUAUGCAUUUUGCACAUGACUACAUGUGUCAGUUUGUUUUAAACCGCGAUAUGGUCUUAUGUUUGAUUUUCUUAAAUUAAUUUAGAAAACUUUUAGUGUUUUUUAAAAAAUGUCAUUUUGAAAAUGUAAUAUUCGAUUUGAGUCCAUAAACAUCUUUGAUUACACUUGUGCCUUGUAUAUAUGGACAUGAAUAUGAUCGAAGUGAGAUUCUGUGGACAGCAUUUCAAUAAAAUAAGGAUAAAAAUCA